UGUUGUUUCUGACAGGAAGCGGUUUUGUGAAUCGUAAACCAUGUAAACACAACAUUCUACAGGUGCAAAACCAGGUGAAAAUAAGGUUUCUGUAUGAAUGGAAUGGCCUUACACGCAGGAAAUACUCGAAUGAAUCGAGGAGGUCCUAACAUGGACGCUACAAGCGGACCGGGGUAUGCAAACACGAGCACUUUGAUACAAAACAACCCAAAUGAUCCUCCGUACGCGCUUCCCCACCAGUACCACAACGGCGUGUCCCUGGAGAAAUUCCACAACAUGGGUGUGUCCAGUCGUCCCCACGUGCGAGAGGCGGACUCCCACAGCCGACACCACCGCGGUAAGAGUAACUUUGACAACAUUCGCUCGGAAUGUCUCCGGCGCGGACGCCUGUACGAGGACCUAGAGUUUUUGGCGCAUGAGACCUCGGUAUAUUACAGUAGAAGUCCGUCUUUCAGAAUAGAAUGGAAAAGACCAACAGAGAUAGCCAGCCACUACAGAUUAAAACCAGCUUUCUUUCUGGACAACGCCACGAAGUUUGAUGUCAUUCAGGGGGACCUAGGUGACUGCUGGGUUGUGUCUGCCAUUGCCUGCUUAACAAGUCCAGAUCACCGGGAAUUAUUUCGUCGUGUUGUACCAGCAGACCAAGGAUUUCAGGAUGGCUGGUAUGCUGGAAUCUUCCGAUUUAAUUUCUGGCAUUUUGGAAAAUGGGUGGAGGUGGUCGUGGAUGACCGAUUACCGACAUAUCGGGGACAGCUGAUGUUUGUUCACUCUUUGCACAAAAAUGAAUUUUGGGCAGCAUUAAUGGAGAAAGCAUAUGCAAAAUUGUAUGGCUCCUAUGAAGCUUUAAAGGGGGGAAAUGUAGCAGAUGCCCUGACAGACUUCACUGGGGGGAUAUGUGAGGGGUAUACACUAAGGGGAAUCAAUGCUAAUGUUCCUAGGAAUAUUGUCAACAUCUUGUUUAAAGCCCUGGACAGACAAUCACUGAUUGGUUGUGGCAUCAAUCCAGUAAAAGGUCACCAAGGGGAACAGAAAUUGCCGAGUGGAUUGGUGGCGGGACAUGCUUACAGUGUCACAGAUCUAAGGGAGAUUUUGUUGAUGACUGAUAACAGAGAGACACCCAUCACUUUAAUACGAGUCCGAAAUCCCUGGGGGAACAAAGUGGAGUGGAGAGGAGCGUGGGGGGACAGAUCACGUGAGUGGAACAGUAUCCCAGCAGACGACAGAGAAAAGAUGGGGCUGAUCUUCAGAGAUGACGGCGAGUUCUGGAUGGAGUUUACAGACUUUAUGCGUAACUUUGAUUCGUUAGACAUUUGUAACCUGACCCCUGAUUCUCCGGUGGAGAUGCCUAAACAGUGGCACACAGCAGAGUAUCAUGAACGAUGGAUGAGGGGGUAUAAUGCAGGGGGGAGACCUAAAUACAGGGAUUCUCAUUGGACAAACCCCCACUUCAAGGUGACUUUGUCAGACACCGAUGAGGACGGGGACAAAGUCUGUAGCUUUAUUGUUCAGUUGAUGCAGAAAGAUCGACGGAAAAUCAAACACAAGGGAGAGAAGCUCAUCUACAUAGGCUUCCUUGUGUAUAGGUUAUCACGUGACCAUACUAUUCCUCUAAAGAAAGAUUUCUUUGAUACCAAUCAGAGUGUGGAAUCUAGUGGUCACUUUAUCAACAUGCGUCAGAGAAUCGCCCGCCUGUCCCUACCUCCCGGGGAUUAUAUUGUGGUGCCCUGUACCUGGGAUCAGAAUGAGGAAGCCGAUUUUUAUCUUAGAUUCUUUUUUGAGAACAGAAAUGCUGUGGAAGAGGUAGAUGAGGCCCCGGUGAGAGAAGAGGUGCCCCUCCCCUCGACUGAUAAAGACAAGGAGGAGAACUUCAAACGUUUCUUUCACUCUGUUUCAGGGGAGGAUAUGGAAGUGAGUGCAUUUGAAUUACAGACAGCCUUAAAUGAAGCUUUACAGAAGGAACCUUUGCAUCAUCACCUAGGAAUACAGGCGUGUAAAGCCUUUGUAGCUUUAAUGGACGUUGAUGGAUCAGGUAAACUUGGUUUCACAGAAUUCUUGUACCUCUGGAAUUUACUCCGCAGUUGGAAGAGGUUGUUUUAUCAGUACGACGUAGAUGGCUCAGGGCUGCUCAACUCGUUUGAGCUCAGACGAGUUCUGGGUGCAGCUGGAUUCAAGGUAGAUAACUCCACAAUGAAGACACUUGUGUGGUGGUACGCAGAUGAAAAAUUCUGUGUCAGUCUGGACAACUACUUCAUCUGUCUUGCUCGUCUGAUGAAACGCUUUAAUGAAUUUAGCAAGCUGAAGAAAAAUGAUCAGAUUUCCCUCUCUUUCUCACAGUGGUUGCAGAAAGGUGUUUCAUGAUUUUAUCAGGCCACAUCCUCUGGUUAAAUGUCUAUAAUCAAGCUGACUGUGAUAAUUUUCCGGAAUCCCACGAUGCAAUGAAGCAAUGUCACAUGACAACUUUAACUGAUCCGGAAUCCCACAAUGCAAUGAAGCAAUGUCACAUGACAACUUUAACUGAUCCGGAAUCCCACGAUGCAAUGCAGCAAUGUCACAUGACAACUUUAUCUCAUCAAGAAUCCCAUGAUGCAAUGCAGCAAUGUCACUUGACCUACUUUUCUUUGUGAAAAGAUAAUGUGCUCAGUUUUAUGUCUUAUGUUUUCUGUUUUAUGGAAUAAACAGGGUUUACAAUUGUAUAUCAUCUCAAAAAUCUCAGGGUUGUGUAUUACACAAAAAUUCAGACUAUUCUAAAGGAGUAUUCAGUGAUCUUAACCUAGUUGGUUUGUUUUAGAAUUUGUUUUUAAAACAAUAUAUAACUUCAGAUCAUUCCAAAUACUUAAGAUUUCCUGCAUUGAUAACAGGCAGCUUAAUCAAUUUACAGUAAAAUACUGGUAGAUAUCAUUCAGACCAUGAACCAUUUGUUCUCGUUUGUUUCUUUUAAAGUUUAAAGCAGCUUUAUUCUAAUUUUUUCAGAAUGAAUAUUAAUUCCUGUACAAUUCAGUUUACAUGUGUUUGUUGAUAUUUUUAUGUGAUAUUCUAAUUAUUCCAUCUUUACAUUUCAUUGUUGUAUUAAUGUAACAGUGUU